AUGGAAGCUGUCAAUCGGGUUGUCAAUGCAGCUUCUAGUGCCCUGUGGGGUGAGGACUACACCCACCCCAAAGAUAUCCCACAUGGCGAUGAGCCCAUAUCAGGUGUUCAGGGUAAAGGUCUCGCCAAUGACCCUUAUGAUGCUGGUAACCGCGAGGAACAACCCGGUGCCCCGUCUUCAGAUGAGGGCAACACUGCUCCACAAGAACCCAAGCUAGAAGGCAACCCCCUCAACAGCACUGUGACUGAAUCAUCCAACCCAUCCAAACCAGAUGCUGGCUUCGCAUUAGCUGGUGGCUCUGGAUCCGGGUCCGUAUAUAGCGAAUCACCCAAGACCUCGAAAGCCGGAGCCCUGGAGCAACGUACCAAUACAGAACCCGGGCCUGCACAUUCUUCGCCUGCACAUGUUUCGCCUGCAGCAGAACCUACUAGUCCCAGCACUACUAGUCCUAGUACUAGUAAGAAGGAAGCAGCCGAGCACAAUAUCAAUGAAGAUGAGAGUGCAUUUGAAGAGGAGAAUAACGGGCAGGAGAAUGACACUCCUAUGCAAUCUUCUUCACACCCUGAGGAUCCUCACACCCAUGCCAGCAAAGAGGCAUUAGAGGGCCCACAAGGCCCUGCGCCUAGAUCAGCGGAGGAGUUUGAGAAAGAGAUGAAGGAGAAGAAGAUGCCGAGUCGCCCAAAGAACCCAGAGUCUCCUAUCGCUGCUGCUACUACCAGUACUGGUAGUUCAAAGAGUGAGUUUUAUUUAUCAUCAUUUAGUGAAUGGUUUCGCUAA